UGUAUGAAUUAAAAUUUUUUCUGAAAUAGAGAAGAAGUUUUUUUUUUUCUUGUUUAGGAAAUGGUCCACCAAGAGAUCGAACAAAUCAAACAAUUGUAUUUGAACAUAUUUAUCUUUCAGUAUUUAUAUCAAUAACAAUAUGUAGUGGAAUUGGAUUAAUUAUAUCAAUUUCACUAUUUGUUUUUAAUAUUCAUUUUCGAAAACAUCGAUAUAUUCGAAUGUCAAGUCCAGUAUUAAAUAAUAUUAUUUUAGGUGGUUGUAUGUUAGCUUAUAUUAGUAUGAUUUUAUUAGGAAUUGAUUCAUCAUUAUUUCCACAAACAAUUUUUACAGAAACAAUUAUGAAUAUUAUUUGUGCAACUCGAGUAUGGUUUUUAUGUAUUAGUUUUACAUUGGCAUUUGGUUCCAUGUUUAGUAAAACUUGGCGUGUACAUUCAAUUUUUACAAAUAUUAAUUUAACAAAAAAAGGUAUUCAUGAUUCACGUUUACUUGUCGUAGUCGUAUUUGUACCAAAAAUUGUUGAAGUCUAUCAUGAUCCAUAUUCGAAAAAAAAACAAUUAAGACUUACAACUCGAUUAUAUCAUAAUACUUCUCGAAAAACUCUAUUAACAAUUAAAAAUUUAAAUGAUGCAAUUAUUGAUAAUCAACAAUUACGUUUUGUUUUAUCUUUACAAGAACAAACAUUAGAUCGAUUGAUCAAAGAAAUAGAUGAUUAUUCUAUGGAAAAACAUCAGAUUGAAGAACCAUUUGAACUUGAACGUUUAUUGGUUCCAGACAAUGAAAUUGAAGAUGAAACAGAAGAAGUUCCUACAAUAGUCGAUGAUGUAGAAGAAGAAGAAGAAGAAGAAGAAGACAAUGAUUAUCGUAUUAUUCCACACAAUAAUCGAGAUCUUAAAGGACGUGUUGCACGAGCAGUUAGUUUAUGUCUUUACAAUAAAAUUCAUACAGCACAAUUAUAUUGGCCAGAAAGAGUUUGUACAACUCGUUAUUCAUUAUCACAACUUGAACAUUAUCAACAUUCACCAUCAAUAAAAUUAUUUCGAACAUCUUCUCAAAAAUCAACUGGUUUUACUCAAAUUGAAGAAUCACAUGAACAAACAUCAAAUCUUUUAACAACUUCAUCUACAAGAGAUCUUGAAUCUGUAUAUGAUGGUUUAAUUGGACUUGAUGAAAUUCGUCUUAAUAAAAUGAUCGAAACUGAUCUUAUUUCAUCGUAUUAUUAG